AAGGAAUCCGGCGAGAGCGUGAACAAACGUUUAACGCUGGCCGAGGUGGUACAAUCGACAUCCCCACCCAUUGAUGAACCAAAUCUCCCCCCCGUCGACCCGUCUCCGGCCGAACCACAAACAGCCGAAUCAAUGGAGGUCGUUGAAGACGAAACAGUACGAGAUGACCAAAUUGAAAUUCCCAUAAUUCCCGAAAACCCCUCCGAUCAUCAACACCAAAACAACCUCACUCCUCAAGCUGGAACCAGCACGGCACCAACAAUACCGCUCCCGGAGAGGCUGGACAUGGAUUUGUACAGCGCAUACCCUGGCCACACAACACCAAGAGGACCAAAAUCAACCCAAGAAUGCGACGCCCCCAACAAGCGACCAGGUUCACCCAACCUGGAGAGUGCCGACCAUCGUCGCACUAGGACUGAUUCAACAUAAUAUUCAUCUUUAUUAAUACCACCCCGCUACUUGACCACAUCAUGAAAACAUCUCCAACUAAAUCAGCCCAACAACGACAAUACACCUGCAGGGGCACCUGGAUGUUCACAGAACGGAUUUAUUUUUCCCAGGUAAGCUGCAGAUGUAUAUGUCUAGCCUUAGCACGUCUCGAUACUGCCGCACCUAAAAAAGCGUUCAAACUACAAACAGAUCGAUACUGCCUCGCCAUAAUGAUGCAUCAGUACACAACAAGAAGAAAACACCAGCCAAAAACCUCUCGACGGACCUGGACAUCUCCAGCGCAGCUGAUCCUUUCUCAGAAGUCAUUCCUACUGCACACAGAUCGCAACCCGUUGACUCCAACGCUACUUCUUCGACGAACGGCAACCUACUCCUCGACGACCAGCACAGCACGAAAAAAAAAACAAAUCUCCUCAACAGCAAGGCACCUCCCGUCGGAUAUGUACAUCCCCAGCGCAGCUGAUCCUUCCACAGGUAAGCUGCAGAAGCAGAUGUAUAUGUCUAGCCCUAGCACACCUCGAUACUGCCGCCACCCUCAAGAAGUCAUUCCUACUGCACACAGAUUGCAACCCGUUGACUCCAACGCUACUUCUUUGUCGACCUGCAACCUACUCCUCGACGACCAGCACUGCACGAAGAAGAAAUACGUCUCCUCAACAGCAAGGCACCUCCCUUCGGACAUGUACAUCCCAAGCGCAGCUGAUCCUUUCACAGACGAUCCUGUCAUCCCCACGACGUUGAAACUCACGAGUUCCCUUGAGCUGAUGGCUCAUCGAUCGAUCAGUCGUCAACAUCUGGGAUCCCACCGCACGCCUAAUGUGAAGUAUAACACUUCAAAUCAGGUGAGCGACAAACAGUAUCAGCUUACACACAAAUCGACACGACGAGCGAAGCCGAGAGAGGAGUACGGAGACUGCGACAGACACUCAGUUCAACUCAACUUUGAUUAUUUGCUACUCAACAAAAGGUUCAGCGAGCGAGUCAUACACCCAAAUUUGCAGUGGAUUUUUUAAGCUACAAUUUAGCAACUCUGAACAUCAACAACAUUUCUAACCAGACAAAAGUUGAUGCAUUCAAAGCUUUCGUACGGUUGAAUGAGAUUGAUAUAAUCUUCAUUCAAGAAGUGGAAAACGAUAGGCUUGAAAUACCAGGAUUUGAGCUAUUUUUUAAUAUCAAUGAGCGUCGUCGAGGGGUUGCGAUAGGAUUGAAAAACUUUAUAGAGUACCGUACGGUCGAAAGAUCGUUAGAUGCUAGGCUUUUACUUAUCAAACUCAAAAAUGGAGUAACACUAUGUAAUAUUUAUGCACCAACCGGCUCGCAAAGUCGGGUCGAACGAGAGGACUUUUUUAACCUGACCUGUGCACACUACCUUCGUAACUGCGCUGGUCCCAUUAUUUUCGGGGGAGACUUUAACUCAAUUGUGAAUGAUCGUGAUGCGACAGGGGGAACACCGCGAAGCGAGAUGACCUCACGCCUCACAGCUGCUCUGGAUCUGAUCGAUGUCUGGCGCGUUUUCAAUCGUAAUGUUACGGAUUAUACCUUCCUUCGAGCAGGAUCGGGAUCGAGGAUUGAUCGUGUACUCGUAACAAAAUCGAUGCGCGAUAACCUCAGGACGAUUCGACACUCUGCUACCUGUUUCAGCGAUCAUAAAGCAGUGAUCGUUCGUCUGAUUCUGCCACGACUAGGACCUGCCCAAGGAAACGGACUCUGGAGGCUAAACGUGCACGUGCUCGACGAUGAGGAAACUAUGGAAGAGUUCCAGAACAAGUGGCGAUACCUUGUAAGGCAGAAACAACACUACUCCUCGUGGCUCCAAUGGUGGGUCAAUUUCGUGAAACCGAAGCUGGCAUCUUUCUUCCGUUGGCAUACCUCUCAACAACUCCGAAAUCAUCGAGAUUCCCUGGAGCUGCUGCAUGGGGAACUGACUAGAGCUUAUGGGCUCUAUCUAAACGACUCCUCGCAGCUUUGUAGAAUAAAUCGCAUCAAGGCGCUGAUGCUCAAACAACAGAGAGAUUUCUCAAGCAACGCACGACAAUUGAACGAAACCUAUCUCCAGGGAGAACCCACCAGUCUAUACCACGUUUCAGAAAAAUGUAGCAAAAGGGCAAAAACAGUUAUCCGGGAGCUGGAAGAUCAAGGGGAGAUGAUUGAAGGUGACCGCAUUGAACAACACGUUGUCUCAUAUUUUGAACAACUCUUUGCUGCUGAAAACACGAGAGCAGGGCCCAACAACUUCUUGCCACAAAAAACUCUGUCUGCGAACGACAUCCGGAACGAAGAUCUGAUGAACCCAGCUGAUGAAGAAGAAAUCUGGCAGAGCAUCAAAAGCAGCGCACCACGAAAAUCACCCGGCGAAGAUGGGCUACCACGAGAAUUCUACGCUAAAACUUGGAACAUCAUUCGCAGAGAGUUCACAUAUGUUGUGAAUGACAUCAUGCGAAACCCUGAAGCCAACCCGAAGCUGAUGAACGGAAUCAUCGUAUUGGUGAAGAAAAAGGACGCUGGAAACGCCAUCAAAAGCUAUCGACCAAUAACUCUUUUAAAUGUUGAUUACAAAAUUGUCUCGAGGAUCUUGAAACAGCGGAUGUCGCCACUGCUGGAAAAGGUCCUGUCCAGCCACCAGAAAUGUUCUAAUGGAAAACAGAAUAUUUUUCAAGCCACGUCAAAAAUCUUGGACAAAAUCUCUGCUGCUAAACACAAUCGAGAAUCGAAGCUGCUGGUUUCCUUUGAUCUUGACCAUGCGUUCGACAGAGUGGACCGCCGGUUUCUGUUUGAGGUCAUGGAGCGCAUGAACUUCAACAGGAGACUCAUAGAUUUCCUUCGGAAAACUAUGGGUAACUCGUCGUCGAGGAUUCUGCUGAAUGGAAAACUGUCCCAAUCUUUUCAAAUAGGGAAAUCGGUGAGACAAGGAGAUCCCCUUAGUAUGCUGCUGUUCGUGAUCUUUAUUCAACCGUUAAUUGACAAAAUAAAGGCUUUAGGACAUGGAGGGGAUUCCCUCAACAUUUACGCAGACGAUAUCAGUUUGUUCGUUCCGAACACGCAGGCGGUGACAGCCGUCGUUGAGAUCAUUGAAGCAUUUCAGGACUUCUCUGGAGCUCGACUCAAUCGACAAAAAACAGUUGCUCUAGAAGUAGGCCGCGUGAGAAACCCGGAAGUUCUACCCUGGCUAAACGUCUCGGAAUCUGUAAAAGUUCUGGGGAUAACGUUCGCAAAUUCGGUAAAGCAAACGAUGGAGCUCACCUGGGUAAACAUUUUGAGGAAUCUAAAAUGGCGCCUUUGGAAUUGCAAGUCACGAGGAUUAAACCUACUGCAGAAAAUCACCCACAUCAACACGUUCGUCCUUUCCAAACUUUGGUAUGUGGCAUCAACUUUGCCGCUACCGAAAAAGUUUGAACGGGAAAUUCUCAAAGAACUUCGGCACUUCCUUUGGAUCCGAUGCCGGCAGCCGAUUAAACUGGAAACAUUAUUUCUUCCGAAGGUCCGUGGGGGACAAAAUCUACACUCUCCGGGUUUCAAGUCCAUAGCAUUGUUGACGAAUAGGAUCCUAGACAACAUCGAUGAACUAUACUUUCUACGAGGAAUGCUAGAUAAACCUGUUCUGCAAAUUCCUGCAGCAUACCCACAGGUGAAAGCUGCUGCACUUGAAAUUGCAACGUUAUCAGCAAGGACACUUGAGCACCACGCGUCAUCUACAAUCUACCAGGAGCUGAUAGCUGAUGAACCGGAUCCAGAUUUGCUCAGUGCAUCGCGUCAGUGGAGACGAAUCUUCGAGAACGUCAAUGAUCGUAGGCUGCCAUCCGACCAUCGUGCAACUUGGUACAGGAUAAUUCAUGGAAAAGUGCAACAUAAGGAGUUACUCUACAGACAACAUCGUUGCAUUUCCGCGGAGUGUGACGAAUGCCCUGGAGAAAUUGAAUCUAUAGAACACAAAUUCUUUGCUUGUUCUACGUCUAGGCCAGUGUGGCUGUUUUUAAAACAGCAACUGAGCAUAGUCAACCCCAUUUUGCUUCAAAAACCUAACAAUUUCUUUUUGUUUCCUGAACUUUAUGGACUAGAUCAGAAUGAUUCA